CUCAUCACGUGACUCUAAUGUUGUCAACAACGCCACAGAUAGAUAACACCAACAACACUGAAUUGUACUGUUUUGAAACUGACAUGGUCAAACAUUCCAUCGUCUGUACUAUGAAAAUAUUUGCGAUAACGCAUUAAUGUUGCCCGUCAACUUGCCUGACUGUAAAAUUAUGCGGGCUACGUAUUAGCUUGCUACCAGGAAGUGUGUGAGCUAGCUAGCUGGCUGGUUGGCUAAGUGCAGCUGAGUUUGGAAUGCCAGUUCUUCUUCUGACAAAUCGUACCUCUUGACACGGCUCUUUGUUUGUCGAUAUUCUAAUGUUAUUGUUAGCGUAUUUAAGAACCGAGGCUUGUCAUUUUUGACAGCAGCUCGUUUCUUGAACAUCAGCCAAGGAUGUCCCGUACUUACGGUGGUCAGUCCACGCUUGUCAUUGGCCUGGCAACACUCCUCCGAAAUAAUGGCGAGUUAGUGCUUGGAGGCAGCAGCACGCUGACCCUGCCAGUGACAAGCUUGCAGCAGCUCAACCGACUGUUCGAGCAGCAUUUGCUGUCCAGGAAUCAGCAGCAUGGCUUCCUGGCCCUGCCGUCCCACCCAGCCGACACUGCAUCUUUGCUGCAGCUGCAGUUCCUCUUCGACAUCCUGCAGAAGACAUUCUCCCUGAAGCUCUUCAACCCGUCAAGCACGAGACUACUGUCUGGGGUGAAGAUUUUCCCUUUCAAGUCUUUAAAGUGUUUGGAGCUGAAGAAUAUCCCCCCGCACUGUCUAGAGGGGCUCAGAGGAGUUUAUUCCCAGUUGGAGGUCUUCAUCUGCUCAAAGAGCCUUAGCUCCCUGGAGGAGCUACUCUCCCUGUGCGGUGGUGACCUCAGCUCUGCACUGCCAUGGCUGGAGUUGCACACCCUCAACUUCAGCUACAACUUCAUUGUCUGCCUUGACCAGUCUUUAAGUCUCUUGAAUGUCCUCAAGUCUUUGGAUUUAAGCCACAACAAGAUUCAGGAGUGUGCAGAAUUUCUAAAGCCUGUGAGUGAAUUGGAACAUUUGAAUCUGGGCUACAACUGCCUGCAGAGGGCGCCAACACUUAGCCUGAGCGCCAGAGUUAAACUGCUUACGCUCAUACUCAGAAACAAUGAACUGGAGACUAUAAAUGGUGUGGAGCAGUUGGCAUCACUCCAGCACUUGGACCUGGCCUAUAAUCUUCUGCUGGAGCAUUCCCAACUGGCUCCUCUCUCCUUGCUUCACUGUCUUAAAAUGUUGAACUUGGAAGGCAACCCGCUCUACUUCCAGAAGACCCACCGCACGUGUACUGUUCGACACCUAUCGCCAAAGGCUGUCAGCCUCAGGUUCAAACUAGAUGGUGUCCUGCUCUCAUCUUCCGAGUUAUCUGUUCUGCCGAAAGCUGGACAACUAAUUGUCCAGGUACAGUCGUCUCCUCCGGCAGUGUUAGAACAAAGUCAUGCAGAUGAGUCAAGCGGAGCUGGGGAGCUCAGCGACAGUUUGUCAGUGGGGGAGGUGCGAAUCUCACGCGGUCGCAAGAAGAAAUCCAAGACCAAGGUGAAAGUGCGGAGAGCUAGUAUCUCGGAACCCAGUGAUACAGACUACCAGGCAGUCUCCUCCUCACAAGACAUUGUCCUUCAACACCAAGAGGAGAUUGAGCGCAUGUCCAGCUUCAGAGAGCAGUUGGGUGAGGACUGGCUGCGUUAUCAGCACCACCUAGAUGCAGACGUAGCACCGCGUCCUACCACUACUGUUCAUGGCCCAGAAACCCUCUCCAACAGCCUUGUCACCCCUCUGUGUCUGUCCCCGGAGGUUUUUCCUCCUCCACUUAUCUCAUCUGAGCCAAGGGUGCCAACACCUGAUGUGGAAGCAGAGCAAGAGACAGAGUCCACUUUGCAGUGGCCCAGUCAGAGCACUCAGCACACUGAAUCAACUUUGGAAGAGACUGCAGUGGAUGGUCAGGUGGCAGGCCAUGUCCGUUCAACCCGACCCAGUUUGGACUCCCACAAGUCAGCGGGAGAGGAGAAUGGUGAUUUCAAUGAGGGAGAAGACGAGGAAGACCUUGGAGUGGACCAGUGUUUGCCGCUUCUGGUGGGUGUGUUAUCUGACGAAGAAGAUGAAAAGAGUAAGGAUGAGGGGAGGAAGGAGGUGUUUCUGCGUGUCAAACAGGACCAUUUGGUUGAGGUGGACGUGCAGUCCGGCCAGGAGAGAUGUCGCCUAGAACUCGACUGCCUGGCGAGGGUGGAUGCCACACAGGCGGCUUGGACCCACAGGGAGACUAAGGCAUUAUUUCCAGCUUUGGACAUCCAGUUUGACUACAUCAUGAAAGAAAAGAGGCGCCGACUUUACGUCCUUCUGGAUGAUAACCCACAGCAGGCACUUAAGGAUCUUGUUGAUGUGCUGUCACCUGUGGAAGAGGCCAACCGCCGGCGUGACACAGGGCUCCUCCCAGGCUGUAUUCAUUUGCAGUGCCUUCGUUGUGGGUCAGAGUUCAUGGAGCCUGGAGGUCGUGCGAGGAGUACAAGGCCUAUGAUGCUGCCGGAGGGCGUAGAUCAGCAGGACGGCAAGGAGUUGAUGGAAUGCGAUGUGGGCGACCAAAGUGAGCAAGCUAGGUCAUGCAGAGGCAGAAACUGUGAUAACUGUCCAGAAUGUGGAAGUGACCACUUGAUCCAGCUAGUUGGCCAGUCAUUUCCUUACAGCAGUACACCAAUCCAACGUCCAUCAAGACCAGGCAGUGUAGACAAAAAGGUGAACCCCAGUGUUAGCAGUAGUCUGGAAGAACCUGCCACUACCGUCGCCACAGAGGACCCCACUUUUUUCAGCACACAGGGGAGCUCAUUGUACAUUGAGGAGGGCGGGGCUGACAAAUUCUCCCUGAAAUACAAUGCUGACUGUCAAAGUAAGGAGGAUCUGGCUGGAAGCUACAGCUACACUGCCAUCUGCGCCACACCACCUGGUAUUCAACCUUCAGGACGAGCCAACUCGACUGGUGAUUUGGACCUACUGACUGAGGCAUUUGAGGUGAUCGACCAUCGGCUGAAGCUUUUCUUGGAUGUGGAUGUCUUCGAAGAGGAAGAGGAGCUCAGUUGUUUCCUAAAGACAUCAGUUGUGAAAUUUGGAGAGCUAGAAGAGUUUCCAUCUCUGGCGGUGGUGUCAGACAAGCGAAUCUACAUCCUUGAAGUAUCAUCCGGAGCUAGCAGAGGGCAGCUUUCUGAUUGGCUUCAAAAGCGUGACUGCCACCCAAUCUUAGAGCUCAGCUACCUGGAGGUGGGGCUUGGCUCUCAGAGCAUCCACAUGGCAUUUGACGAUGGGGAAGUUACGUGCAUGGCCUACACCCUCCUGGUGCGGGACAGUAUACGCUGCAAACGCUUCUUUGGCCUGUUGACAGGAAUUGUGCGUGAAAUGGCACAUCGGUCCGACAGCAAACUGAGGUCAAUCUCAACCGCCAGACUCAAUCCUCAGCACCAUCUCUGGCCUCUUGUGUGUGAAGACAUCCAGACAGAUGUGGAGGACGGCCAGCUGCAGUUUUGCUACAUUCUAGCCUUUUUGCUGCAAGACAACACGUGGGCGCCAAUGACUGUGCUGGCGACCCGAGAGACUCUGUACCUGUUGAGUGAGGAUCACCAAUGGGGGAAGAGCACAAACCAUCUGACAACAGUCAACAGCACCCCGGAGCGCAGCAGUGGGAGCUUCACUGUUCUCGAGACGCUUCCCAUCAGCUGUGUGAGCUCGGUCCACCUGUGGUCCAAUGAGCAAUACCAGAUGGAUGUCAAGCUCUAUGACGAGACGGAGAAAGAGGAGAAGACCUGGCAUGUGCGCUCGGAGAGUUCAGAGCUCCUAGAGGCUCUAUUGGCGUGGGUCCGAACACAAUGGGAGGCCAUGUUUGGCGUCAGGCUAAACACAACUGUGCACGGCCAAGAAAUAUAAUAAACAAUGGUAAAUUUCACCUUUUUCUCUAUACUUGCCCUUUAAAAUGUGGCAAAAAGGCUGGUUGUGUUGCUGGUAAACUGAAGCAGCCCUUCGAUACUUCAUGGCAUACUGAUGAUGUUAGCAAGAGGAAAUGUGGAUUAAGGUUUUUGUUUGUUGUUAAAUUGUGAAAUUCUGAGCGUUAGCGUGACUUCAUGCACAUGUGAAGCUGUCAUCAUUCAAACUUGUUUGUGGUAACCCACUCUCUAAUGGGUAAUUUGAGUCCCAACAUCCUGCAGCUGUGAGUGUUCAUGUAAUAAUUUAUUCCUUUGCCAUUGUCUUUUAUUUUUUUCUCUGAGAGCAAACAUUUUUGCAAACUGUGUAUAAAUGAGUUCAAACAAAUGCA